AUGUCAGCGUCAACAACAAAUACCACGGAAUUGACGUUCUUGGAGAAAAACGUGACAGUGUCACCUUUGGUUCUUUUGUCAGUGGUUGAUCAUUACAAUAGAGUGUCGAAGGAUUCGAAAAAAAGGGUUGUGGGGGUCAUAUUGGGAGACAACUCAACAAACACAAUCAAGGUCACCAACUCAUAUGCCAUUCCAUUCGAGGAAGACGAGAAGAACCCUGGGGUCUGGUUUUUGGACCACAACUUCAUCGACUCCAUGGGAGAAAUGUUUAAAAAGAUCAAUGCAAAGGAGAAACUAAUUGGCUGGUACCACUCGGGACCCAAAUUGAAACCGUCCGACCUCAAGAUCAACGACGUGUUUAGGAGAUACACCGCGAACCCGUUAUUGUUGAUUGUUGACGUCCACCCGAGAGAAGUCGGCAUACCAACCGACGCCUACUUUGCUGUCGAUGACAUCAAGAACGACGGCUCUGCGGCCGAAAAGACAUUUGUGCAUGUGCCUUCGCUAAUUGAAGCCGAGGAGGCCGAAGAGAUUGGAGUGGAGCACCUUCUACGGGACAUCAGGGACCCCGCGGCAGGGAACUUGUCGUUAAAAGUCACCCAGACUUACCAGUCGUUGUUGGGCUUGCACCAGAAGUUGAGGGAAAUUGCAAACUACUUGGACAAGGUCUACGCCAGAAAGCUCCCCAUGAACCACACAAUCUUGGGCAAACUUCAAAAUGUUUUCAAUUUGCUUCCGAACCUAGUGCAGCCCUCGGGAGCUGCCACUGGCGAUGGAGGCUCCAAUAACGAAUUGGCACAGGCAUUCACCGUCAAGUCCAACGACGAGUUGAUGGUGGUUUACAUAAGUACUUUGGUGAGGGCCAUCAUCGCAUUCCACGACUUGAUUGAAAACAAAUUGGAGAAUAAAAAGUUGAACGAGAAGCAAACUUUGGAUUCCGAGCCCCUGCUACUUGAAGACAAGAUGGAAAUAGCGGUUGAAUAG